AUGUUUUGUGAUGUAGGUCUGAAUCUGAUUUUAUCAUCUCUCAUAUCAUUACCCUUGGAAAAGUCUUCGAAAGAAAAAGUUGCUGUUGGGAUAACAACAAAAAGAAAACAAGAAGAUAGAAGAAAAGACACAAGGAAAAUAUUCAUUUGGUGUUUGGCCGUAAGCCAAAGACGGGAGAUAAAGAAACGAGCAAAGAUAGCAAUAAAUCAAUCUUUCGAAAAGAAUGAAUCCCAUGAAUAA